AUGAUCACGACCUCGAUGCGGGCGGCGCUCAAGGCCAUGAAGGACAUCGUCUCGACGGAGAAGCUCGCUGAGGAGCAGCUGCAGGAUGUUCUUUGUGACGAGGAUGUGCGCCACGCGCUGGUGUCCCUGUCCCGAUUGCCAGUCUUUUCGCACGAGUUUGGCUCCGCGUUCAAGGAUGACUUGGACUUGCUGCACUCCCUCAAGCAGUUGAAGUACUUCUGGAACUUGCCCGUCAGCCAGCUGGCGAUCCUGAUGGCCAAUGUUUCCGAGUGCAUCAUGACAGACAUCACACAGGACCUCAGGGCAUUUGAGGAGAGGCUGGGCAAGUCCCCUCGACACCUGGAGGCUGUGAAGGAAGUGAGUAAGCGUCUUCCAGCAGAGGCUUAUGCCAGGUACAUGGAGAACGCUGCCCACCUGGAAGAUGCAGAUCCGCAUGCUGUGUAUCCCACUUCGAUCUACAGGCAGUGCGAUGCCCAGACCUUAGCCACGAAGGACGCUUCUACUAUCGAGGCUGUGAUGAGCACCACCAUCACCACCACCAUCAAGAUUGCCCGGAAGGUUUUGGACCCCUCCAAUCACUUGCUCUACGAUGUCUACAAGCCCCUUGGCCGGUGUGUGGCCGUGGUCGACGACAAGGUGGACGAGCAUUACGGGGCGGAGAUCGACCAGUACUUCGCGGCCCACAACAUCGAGCUCACCAAGCUGGUUUUCAGCGGCAACGAAGUCGACAAGGGCAUCGAGGACGUCGAGAGGAUUCUGGUAGCAAUGAAGAAGUAUUCCCUUGGCCGCCAUGAACCUCUUCUGGUCGUGGGCGGUGGAGUGAUCGCAGACAUCGCAGGCUUUGCUACAUCCCUGUAUUCCAGGAACACUCCGUAUGUGAUGCUUUGCACGUCCAUCGUCUCAGGGAUCGAUGCAGGCCCGUCACCUCGCGUGUGCUGCAACGGCUACGACUACAAGAACCUUUACGGCUCCUACCACCCACCGGUGCUGACGAUCACAGAUCGAGGCUUCUGGAAGACUCUGCAUCCCGGAUGGUUGCGCCAUGGCGUGGCAGAGAUCAUCAAGAUGGCGGUCAUGAAGGACCUCUCCCUGUUCGAGCUUCUGGAGCGCCAUGGUGUCCGGGCAGUGCAGACUAAGUUCGGGACCGAAGGCGACAGCGUCGAUGACCCCGAGUUCCAAGACGUUUGCGACCUUAUCGUCGGGAAGGCAAUGGAGGGAUACGUGCGAUCUGAGUAUGGCAACCUUUGGGAGACCCAUCAGUGCCGACCCCACGCGUAUGGACACACGUGGUGCCCUGGCUAUGAGCUGCCAGCAGGCAUGCUGCACGGGCAGGCCGUCGGCACCUGCAUGGGCUUCGGGGCAUACCUCUCGUUCGUGGAGGGCUGGGUUUCCGAGGAGGAGAUGCACCGCAUCUUGAAGGUGAUCUCAGAUUGCGAGCUCUCCUUGUACCACCCAGUGAUGGACGACGACCAGAUGGUCUGGAAGACUCAGCUGGCCAUCGUGGAGAAGCGAGGUGGCAACCUGUGUGCUCCGAUCCCCAAGCCUUUGGGCUUCUCAGGCUACUUGAAUGACCUCUCAGAGGAGAUGCUCGGGCGGAGGAUGCACGAGUAUAAGGAUCUGGUCGCCAAGUACCCGCGCGCUGGCCGCGGUGUCGAGGAGCACUGUGUGGACGUGGGCCUAGAGGACCCUCAGGCCAAGAAGCUGCAGAAGAAGGCGGAGGCUGAUGCGGGGCUGGCCAAGCUUGCCGCUGCAAAGCUGGACCUGUUGAGGGAACUCAGAGACGAGGGUCUCCUGACCGAGCAGCAGUUCGAGCAGAAGCAGCAGCUUCAUGGCAAGAAGGAGAAUCCCAAUUGGGUCGACGUUCCACCGGCGUCGAGCGAAGGCGGACGCGCAGGUCGCUUAGGAGGCCACUUCGAUCGUCCAGAUCCGGAUGAACCGAAGAAGGAUUGGAAUUCGGACGACGAAGAAGUCGACGAGUUCGGCCGAAAGAAGCGGAAAGGUGCGGCGCGCGCAGGAAGCGCCGCUGCAGCGAAGAUGGACAAGCAAAAGGCGGCUCUGGAGAGACUUCGCAGGCCUCAGAGGGCUCCAGCGAGGAGCCGGUCGCGGUCGCGAUGA